GGCGGGGCCAGGCAGGAGAGUAGCCAUGGCGGUCACUCUGUCCGAAGUCCGGAGGCGAGUGGCCCAAGUGCACCAAGGCGCCGACCUGGAGCAGCAACUCCGCUUCUACGACGCAUGGGCUUCCGAGUACGAAGAGGAUGUGUCGGUGUUGGAGUACGGAGCACCCCAAUAUGCCGCAGCUUGCUUGGCCGCUGCUUUCGGAGCCAACACUCAGGAGGCUCUGGUGCUGGACGUGGCCUGUGGGACGGGGCUGGUGGCCCAGGAGCUUCAGGCGGUGGGAUUUCGCCACUUCCACGGCUUGGACGGCAGCCCGGGGAUGCUGGAGCGUGCGAGACACAAGGGGCUGUAUCAGGACCUGAAGCAAUGCCUCUUGGGGCAGGAGGCUCUUCCCAGCCCAGAAGGCUGCUACGAUGCGGUGGUGAUCGUAGGGGCACUCAGCGAAGGACAGGUCCCCACCAACGUGGUGCCAGAGCUGCUUCGCGUCACCAAACCAGGGGGCUUGGUGUGCCUGACCACCCGGAACAACCAAUCCAACCUUCCCUACAAAACCGUCUUGGAGAAGGUCCUGGCUGACCUGGAGCAGAAGGGAUUGUGGGAAAAGGUGGCGGAGGAGGGCGUCGAGAGGUGGGAGAGGGCGACCUCGGAGGAGGAAUCGGGCCCGGGCUUGGAGUACAUCUCCGGAGUGGUCUACCUCUAUCGCAAGAAGGGAAUGUAGCUGUGAUACAUCAUACUUUAGUUCAGUGUUUCUCAACCUUCCUAAUGCUGUGACCCCUUAAUACACUUCCUCAUGUUGUGUUGACA